UGCAAUAUGGCGACUGCAAUGACAGGUCGUGGUGUCGCUUUCAUUAGGAAUAUAUCUGGGAUGUUACACUCAAGGUUACAAGCUCUGGGUGGUGGUUCUCAGCAGCUCUCAUGUCUCCACACCAGCACUUCACUGGAAUCCAAAAAGUGGGAGAGGAAGAACCUGAAGGUGUAUCCACCUCAGCUACCAGAUGAUCCCCACAGACCAGCUGAGGUCCACCACUGCAGGAGGCAGAUUAAGUACAGCAAAGACAAGCUGUGGUACCUGGCCAAAAUGAUCAGAGGGAUGAGCAUUGAUGAGGCUAUUGCACAGCUGGAGUUCAACAACAAGAAAGGAGCAAAGAUCAUGAAAGAGGUUCUUUUGGAAGCUCAGGAGAUGGCAGUCAGAACUCACAACGUAGAGUACAAAUCCAACCUGUAUGUCGCUGAGUCUUACUCCGGCAAAGCGCACUACCUGAAGCGGAUCCGUUACCACGGCCGGGGGAUGUUUGGCAUCAUGGACAAAGUUUACUGUCACUACUUUGUCAAGCUGGUGGAGGGCCCGCCGCCAAAAAUAGAGAAGAAGACAAGCUUUGACCAGGCCAAAGAGUACGUGCAGAACCUCAAGAACCGAACCAUCAUCCACAGCCUGUAGACCAUCUGAUCGCAUUUCACAUGUACCUUUUACUGUAUGUCUGUGUGUGUGUGUCAUUUGACAUUUGUAAAUAAACAGAGUGAAUUGGU